AUGAGAACAGUUUUACAAAGUGCAAAAAAUGUCGAUCAUGUUCGUUUCAAUUUAACACUUGUUCGACAUGCUGAAACACAUGCAAAUGCCGAUGGGAUUAUUCAAGGUUUAUCUGAUACUGAAUUAUCUAAUAUUGGUUAUCUACAAUCUCAAGCACUUGGUCGACAUCUUCAAUACCAUCGUUUUUCACAUAUUUAUUCAAGUGAUUUAAAACGUGCAGCAGAAACAGCUCGUCAUGUUCGUGCAAUUAGUCGUGUAUCAACAUGUGAUAUUCAAUUUCAUUCUUUAUUACGAGAACGAAGGUAUGGUAUUGCACAAGGUCGUACACGUCAAUGGCUACGUGAAUUAGCUAAAGAAAAUGGCGUACCCUAUGCUAGUUUUACACCACCCGGUGCUGAAAGUGUAAGUGAACUACGUGAUCGUACUGUAUCAUUUUUUCGGCAAUUAUGUGAUGAACUUCUUCAAAAAUUUGGUACAAAUUCUUCGACGCCAUCAUCAGCAAAAUCUUAUACAUCUAAUUCAUCCUCAAAAGAAAAUAGUUCUCAACCAUUAUCACAUAGUGUAUCAUCAGAAAAUUUAACUUUAUCUCCACGAACAGUAAUUAAAUCCAAUCGAAAACGUUCAUUAUCAACAGGACAUCUUCCAGUUGAAUUUCUUACUAAUACAGCAAUAACAAGCUCAUGUGAUUCAUCAAUUGAUUCAGCACUUGAUGUAUCUUCUAUAGAAUCAGAUCAACAAUCUAUAGCAUCAUCAACAUCACUUAUUUCACGAAAUAGUAGCUUUGAAAAAUGUCGAAAUUUAUUCAAAGGUUUAUUACAUUCGCCAUACAAAAAUCAAUUUUCUGAUAUCGAUGUCCUUCUUGUGAGUCAUGGUGCUGUUAUACGUGAAUUAAUUAAAUAUUUUGCCUGUGAUUUACAAACUGAUAUUGGACAAUAUUUAGAUACUAUACAAGAUAUAGCACCAAAUACGUCCAUAACUCGCUUUGAAGUAACUUAUUCAAUGAAUGAAGAUCUUAAUUCAAUAACACUACAACUUAUUGAUUAUCAUAAUAAAACACAUUUAAUUAAUGCCAAUAAUGAUGAAUAUAAUUUGGAUGUAGUAAACAAAUGUAGUUUAUAG